AUGCGAGAGGACUCAUUGCCUGUUGAUUCCUCUAAUCAAGAUGCAACAAAAGAACAAGAACAAAAAAGCAAUAAAGAAACUUUAGCCAAUCUUCGCCAAAGAUCUCUAUUAUUUUGGUUGGAUGUGGCGCGUCAUAAACCAAAGACUAUCGCAAAACUUUACGAAAACACUACAAUUCAGGGUAACUUGCAAGGCACUGAUGCAAUGGAAUCUAAAUUCCGUUUUGAUAAUUGGGAAUCACCAGUUGGUGUAUAUGAUCACGUUGUUAUACGAGGAACAGAUGUACAAUUAUUGGAGAUUAAUUUUGAAAAAUAG